GCUGAUGCAACUGGAGUGCUCUCCAUCACAGAAUCCAAUAAUGGCUCUUCUCCAGUCUGCCACUCUCCCUCCUCUUCGCUCCAUUUGCUGCUCCACUUCGUCCAAACACCCGAUCACUUACCCUUCUUCCAUUUCAAGCUCAGGCUCAAGUUCAAGCUCAAGCUCAAGCUGGGCUCCCAACAAGAAGAAUGCUGCCCUUGUGGGCUUGGUGAGGCGGAAGACUGCCUUUGCGGUCAGGUCUAGCUUGGACACUGCCGCCACCGUCGGCCAGGUCACCGAGGUCGACAAGGACACCUUCUGGCCGAUCGUCAACGCCGCCGGCGACAAGACCAUCGUCCUUGAUAUGUACACCCAAUGGUGUGGUCCUUGCAAGAUUAUAGCUCCAAAAUAUGUAGAAUUGUCACAGAAAUAUGACGAUGUCAUAUUUUUGAAGCUUGAUUGUAACCAAGAAAAUAAGCAGCCAUUGGCAAAGGAGCUUGGAAUAAGGGUGGUACCGACUUUCAAGAUUUUGAAGCAUGACAAGGUUGUAAAAGAAGUGACGGGGGCCAAAUUUGAUGAUUUAGUUGCUGCCAUAGAGACUGUUAGAACGAGCUGAAUCAAUCUUCUUCUAUUUUAUUUUCUCCAUUUGAUGUUAAUAAUGUGAUGAAAUAACGCCUGCUUGGAAAUUAUUUUCUACUUGUAUGUAUCCAUGUGACGUUUUCUUUGCGAUUGUAAUUCACUUCAAUGGAGAAGAAAUGUACCAUAAUGCACCUACUUUCUCAGAGAGAGAGACCA